CGUGUCAAACAAACAAUUCCCUCCCUUCGGCGCCCUUCACUUCACUCGCUCGUUUUAUGUCGUUAUCGUUAUACAUUGUUUUAUGUAUUUAAAAGUGCAUUACAAAACAUUGACUGGCAUUUGUGUUGACUUGUGUCGUAUAAUUCUGCUGUUCUUCCACCAUAGAUAAUAAACAAUCAUCGUGAUCAAUCAAGCAUCUCUCAAGCUUUGUGUACAAUCAUGCCCAGUCAAUACGAGGAGGAGCGUACUUGGGAAGCACCAAAUCACGCUCAAUAUGAGGAGGAAGGAAAUGAAGAUGUCAUUGAGAACCCUGAAGAAGUUUUACAUGAAUGCCUUGAAAAAUUUAAAACUCCUGACUAUAUCAUGGAACCAGGAAUUUUUGGUCAACUGAAGCGAUACUUUCAAGCUGGAGGCAAUCCUGAACAAGUGAUUGAGCAGUUGUCUAUAAACUACAAUGCAGUCGCACAAAUGGCAAAUCUGUUAGCGGAGUGGCUUAUACUUGGAGGAGUAAAGGUUACUGAAGUUCAGGCAAUGGUUGAAAAUCAUUUAAAGGAUAUGAUCCUAAAAACUUUUGAUCCCAAAAAAGCUGACACAAUAUUCACCGAAGAAGGAGAAACUCCUGCUUGGUUGACAGAAAUGAUUGAACAUCCCACUUGGCGGUCCUUAAUUUAUAGAUUGGCUGAAGAGUAUCCGGAUUGUCUUAUGCUCAACUUUACUAUUAAGUUGAUAUCAGAUGCUGGCUUUCAAGGAGAAAUUACAAGCAUAUCAACAGCAGCUCAGCAAAUUGAAGUAUUCUCAAGGGUCCUCAAAUCUGCCAUUGUUGGUUUCUUGCAAAGCUCAGAUGACUGGCAAAACAGUGUUAAUGAAUGUGCUAAAAUGGUCUGCCAUGGUGCACACACAUAUGUGUACAGCCAAGUUAUAGUGCAUAUACUUUCUCAAGAGCCUAGAGGAGGAGCUAUCAUGAAAAGGCUUGGACAAGAAAUAACUAGAUGUGCACAACAAAGCGGACAUGAUGUCACUCCAAUCACUCUGGCUCUCACAUCAGGUGAAUCGUGGCGCAAUGCUCGCACAGCACUGGCAGCCAUGUUGUCACGUGGUGCACUCAACCCAGCUGAUAUUUCUGUACUAUUCAGAGCUUACACACAGCCUGAGCCACCACCAGUUCAUCUACUAAGAAUUCCACAAUUUUUAGAGCUGCUAGUCGACGCCUUAUUCAAGUUAGGUAGUAAACUGAAUCCUGAACAUAAGUCAAAAUACAUGUAUUUGCUGGCGUAUGCUGCGAGCGUUUGCGAGGGGCUCACUGCCGGCAGACCUGUUAAAGAUGAACUGAAAGCUACAGUGCAAGCAAUUGAAAAAGUGCACGCCGUGUGCACCAGUUCCGCCAGCUCUAGUGAAUUAAUAGCAGAAUUACCAACGUUGUAUCACUGUAUAAGGUUUCCCGUCGUUGGGAUGGGAGUCCUAGUUUGGGUAGAAUGUGUUGUUACAGAACCUUCUUACUUCAAGUUGUGCACAGAACAUUGUCCCGUGCACCUGGCACUCUUGGAUGAAGUUGCAUCCUGUCAUCAAUUACUGCAUCAUCGCCUCCUGAGAUUACUUGUUCAGCUAUUCGAAUCUCCACAAGAUGAGUUGGAAAUUUUGGUGCAGUUGGAAUUAAAGAAAAUGUUACUUGAUAGAAUGGUUAAUUUACUAAGUCGAGGAUGUGUCGUCCCAGUCCUUCGUUACAUAAAACAAUGCUGGCAGCGCGGGGACACUGAUAUUUCAUUAAUUAGAUACUUCAUUACCGAGGUUCUAGAUGCCAUAGCUCCACCAUACACGCCAGAAUUUGUCCAGUUAGUGUUGCCAAUGGUGGAGAAUGAGGAAAUUACUGGAACAAUGAGAGCGGAAGGCGAAAAUGAUCCAGUUUCUGAAUUCAUAGGUAAAAAAAAGUACAUAAGUAUACAAAUGCUGUUCAACUUUAAGUUCGUUUAUUUAUUUUUAAUUAAUGUUUUAUUUUCCAGUUCACUGCAAGGCGCACUAUGUUGUGGUAUAAUUAAAUAUUAUCUGCCCAUCCAGUACCUGUUUUUUAUUUGCUAACAACCCCUGGCUGCCUUUCUCUCGUAAUAUCUUUUAAGAGCUUCUUCAUAAACUGGUCCUACAGUUCUCUUUUUCCAAAUAUCAAUUUUUUCCUUAGGUUUAUUGUCAUCAACU